CUUCGUUCUCUUCAUCCAUCGCUCUCAUCCGAGACUACACAAUAGGAAAGACGCUCCACUUUCAUUCGACAUCGUUGAUCUGAUCGAAGAGGAUGUCUAGCAAUAUAGUUCAACCAUUACAACAACCAAGUGGUGAAGAAAGUGAAAAACAAAGUAAGGCUUAUUGGGAUGAUAUUACAAUGGAUGCUUUUAUCAAAGUUUGUGUGAUUGAGACUUCGACUGGAAAUAGACCAAAUAGUCAUUUUAGCAAGUUGGGAUGGAAAAAUGUGAUAAAAGCCUUCAACAGUUUGAUUGGAAGAAACUAUCAAUAUAGGCAACUUAAGAAUAAAUGGAGUUCUCUUAAAAAGGAUUGACAACUUUGGAAUACCUUGAUUGGGAAAGACACUGACCUUGGGUGGGAUCCUAUGAGACAAACCAUCAAUGCAAGCAAUGAAUGGUGGGAUAAGAAAUUGAAGGUCGUUUUGAAGAAUAGAUGGAGAAUGCUACGAGAAAUGCAUAGUUUUCCUCUUGAAAAACAAGUAAAGACUGUUAUUGCUUCAGUGGCUCUUCACAACUUUAUAAGGAUUAAUGCUAGAAUGAAUAUGGAAUUUAAAUCUUAUGAUGAUGAUCAAGGGUUGCUUCCACUUAAUGAAGAAGAGAAUAGAAUGGAUUCACUUGUUGAGGAAGAUGGUUCACAUCAUACAAGAGAAAUGGAAGAAGAAUGUGAUCGAACUGCAAAUCUUCUUAUAUCUCAUUGAUGUUUGAUUAUGACUCUAAUAUGAGAUGUCUAAGGCCCAAGUAUUCCUCCAAUGCCUCCUGCUCCUCCUAUGUGCAGAGCUCUUCCAUUUCACACUUGCUGAUGUUGGUGUGGCAGCCCAAUACAGACCCCCAUAUCUGCCCACAGCCUGUCUGCUCAGGAGAUACUGGCACAGCAGGCCAAUAUGCUCCCCCAUAUCUGCCAACUGCCUGCUACGGCAACGAUAUGUCUAAAUUCCCAUCAAGCAACUUAUUUGCGUCAGCCGGAGAUGGGAUAUGGGACAAUGGGGCAGCGUGCGGCAGGCAGUACUUUGUCAGGUGCUUGAGUGCACAAACUCCAGGGACAUGCAAAGCUGGUCAGAUCAUAAAAGUGAAGAUAGUUGAUAGAGCCUCUAGGAAUGGAGUGAUCCUUGUUCUUUCUACUAUUGCAUUUGGGGCUAUUGCUAAUCCUUCUGCUGCUUCGGUUAACAUAGAGUUUACCGAGGCUUGAAGGUAUCAAUGCGGAUCUAAGUCUGAGGGAGGUUUCUUUCUGCUAGUGAGGUUUCCAUUCUAUGUUUUUCUUGUCCACUGCAAACCCUAAGCAAAAGCGACUUUCGAAUUUUGAUAAAGUAAGUGGAGUUCUUUUGAGUUUUUGAGAGUUGAGGAAUAUCCAGAGGUUAAGCCUUUCCGAUGAGCGGUAAAUGCCAGAACUUUCAUGAUUGUCGUUCAUGCCUUUGUCUGAUGAAGAUCCAGGCCAAUGACUAGCCCUAAAGCACCUAAAUGCCAACCCACCAGAUUCAGUGGUUUUUUUAGGCCUAUACGGCCGGAUAGAAAGGUACUUUCUCUCUCUUUUUGGCCUAUACAUUUUGCUGGGUUGUUAGUUUUAAUGCUUCUUGUGCUAGAUGAAUUCAUUCUCUGCAUAAAAUGGUUACAUGUGAAUGGUUACAUACACGCACACACGCUCUCGAGGUUUUAUGACACCAUAUCAUAAUGUAUGCAAUUAGUUGAGUAAUUUUCGUAGUGAUGGUAAAGCUGGAGGAAAAGAGGAGAUAUUCAACCAAUGUCAUGCAAGAUUAAGAAAUGCCAUUGAACGUGCUUUUGGUGUUUUUAAGUCGUGUUUCCCAAUAUUGAAGAGAAUGACACCUUAUUUGUUUAUUACUCAAAACAAAAAUUGUCAUGACAUUCGACAAAUCUCAUUUGCGGAUAGAUUAUUUUUUGAAUAUGACAAUGAAGUGGAGUUGAAAAGUGACAAUGCAAA